AGGCCCCUUGGGCAGGGUUGGAGGGGCCGAGGAGAGCUAUUCGAGGGAAAGGUGCCCCGAGGGGCAGGAAAUUAAGUUGGGGCUGCCCGGGCUAGCUGCCAGGCAGCCGUGCUCGCCACGGCGUCUCAUAGGGCUCCUGGCUAGUCCGAUCCUCAUAGGGCGGGAAAAGAAACGUCCCUCGCGCCCCAGCAAAACGUGGCCCUCGGCGGUCCGUUGGAGAGCUCCAGCGGCCGUGAACCCAGGACAGGGUUGGACGUCUGCGGAGCCCGCGGGCACUUUGUGCGGCGCGCCUGGGGAGGAACGCGGAGCUCCCAGGGCCUUAGGUGCAACGGCUGCGCAGAGUCCGAACGAAACGUCCCCAGUGCGGAAAAGAGGGUGACGCCCUGGUAGCAAGACCAAGAGCUUCCGAAGAACGCUGCGCCCUUAACUAGGGGGCCUGGAAGAGAUGCCGGUGUGGGCCUGCAUUGUGUAUUUCUGCGAAAGAGCGAAUGGACACGUUUGCUCAGGGUUUUUAUGGUUGCCAAAGGGGGCAAAAUUCCUCAGUCCCCCAACUCUGUCCCAAGAAUCCUUCUCACAGUACCCCUCUCCAGGGGGCCAAGAGGUCCUCCAGGUUCCCGUGGGUUCGCAGCUCCACCCGCCCUUCCUCGCCCUGCAUCCCUGAGGAGAGGUGUCCGCUCUGAAGGGCUAGGGGCUGGCCAGGGAGCGAGGGGAGCGGGGCUGACCACGGGCAGUACGAGCAGGCGUCCUCAGGCGGGCCCUCUCCUGGACUGUGAUCUAGAAGAAAUACAGAGGGACGUGCCGGGAAGCCGCUCUCGCCUAGCCGCGACCCUGUGGAGCGCCCCUCCACCCAAAGGAUCGGCCGAGCUGAGCGAUCCAGGGCGGGCGUCCGCAGCCGUGAGGCCCCCUGCGCCGCCAGUAUGGGACAAUCCUGCCUCCUUACACCUUGAAGAACGCUGGGCGACGACUAAAGCUCCUUCCGCCGGCCUGUCACUCCAGGUGACAUAGGAGCCACGUGAGACCCAGAAGGGUCCAACGACUCGCCAUGCGGCGCACUUUAAACUCUAGCCUGAGUCUGCGACCCCUCCAGCUCUCCAGUCCCCAGCUGUUGGGGACACCAAGCUAGAGCCCUGGCCUCUUUGCCCUGUGGGUCGCUGAAAGCAGGAACUCCUCAAACCAACCGAACCGGGCGCAUUAACCCUCUCGCCUGCACCCCGCCGCCUCCCCGUUGAGCCCCAAGGCGGCUCCAGGUGGAACCGGCUGGACUGACUGCGGCGUCCAGGAAUCUGGAGUGUGGGCUCUAGACACUCUCCACGGUUCUGGCCCCGGGUCUCAACACCCAAGUCACCUCUUCUUGCUCCUUCACUACACUGCGGGGCCCGUGGGGAGGGAAGGGCCGGGAGACCCCUCGGCGGACCACUGUCCUGGAGGGGUCCCCACCCUGUGCACUGCUGAAGCUCAGGGCGCGCCGGGGCAGGAAUGGCCCCGAGUGCGGAUCCCCUGCCCUGAGCCUCCCGCUCUUGGCCCGCGCUGCGCCUACCCAGUGGCCCUGGCCCCACAGGGCGACAGCGGCGGCACCCUCCCACGUGCGUCCCAGACCGCGCGGCCUCGCUCAGCUCCCGGGAGCCGACAGCGCUUGCCCCGGUGCCAGCGCAGGGCUUCCCGGCGGCUUGGGGGCGGUGGAGCGGUGGGGGGUGGCGGAGGAAGAACGCAAUUUCCUUCUGCACGAGUCUUGGAGACGUGAGCCGCAGCCAGCCACUGCGCUCUCUCCAGGCUUAUUUACCAGUUUUAAGUCAUUAUUGUGCACGAAACAUUGUUUCAUCCAAAUAAAAGCAAAUGUAAAAGAA